AUGGUGCCAGAGCCCUGCCAGCCAACAGGAUCCUCGUCCUGUGCUCUGUGCCCACGCGGAGCUGAGUCGCACUCAGACCUGGAUCAAGACGUGUUUGAGAACAGUGGUGCCUCAAAGCACCUGCAGAAUGGCCUCCUGAUUCAAAAUGCUUCCUGGAAGCUGAGGGGUUGUGCAGGUGGAAAUCAGUGCUGCGAGUCUGAAGGAAAAAUGGGGAGUGGUGUUGAGGAAGCACCCCUGAAUCAGCAAGGCAGGCUGCGGAGGGCAUCGCUGCCCUCCAGCUAUGAUGCUGUAGCAGUGGACAACCCUGGCUGUGAGGAGCUGGAUCAGGGCCAUGGGCAAUGCUAUGACAGUGCUGACCAAAUGUCCCUUGCCAGACCAAAGGAAGGUUGCACGUCUCAGUUUUUGCACCAAGCCAAGCAAGAAAACCAGGCUGACAACAGCAGGCAUCUAGGACCAGAAGAACCUCCUGGUUCUUAUCAGAAUUAUCAACCUGAAGUUCACAACCAGCUCUUCAGACAGCUUCAGGAUGAUCUUGCUGGAGCGCAGAUAUCCAGGCAGACGACUCCCAUGCUUUACUAUCUUUCUGGGGGGAAGCCCACCACCGUCCUGCACCACAAGAAGCUCACCCAGUGUCAGGAGGACCCGAGGAGCUCUCCAAAGGAAUUUCCAGCAGGCAGCUACCCUGCCUCAGCAUGGUGUCUUGAGGUACAAAGGGAAAGAGAUCAGCUUCAAAGGAGCAGCCACCGCCCUCAGUGCAGCUCUGCUGAGCUGCUGGAGGUCGAGGAUCUCCUGCUGGGGAGUCCUGCUCCGUCCACGGAGGAGAGUUUCAAGAAUGACUACAGAGAGAAACUUAAAGUGGCUCAGAAGAAGGUCCUGAGAGAAACCUCCUUUAAAAGGAAAGACUUACAGAUGAGUUUGCCCAUCAGACUGCGACAUAAGCCCUCUACAAGGCCAUCCAUUGAGCACCUCAGGUCUUUCUCCCUAUCCAGUGCAAGUGAGGAUGCCAAACCUGCUCCUUGCUCCCCAUCCCAUCUGGAACCCGUGGAAAGUUGCAGCAGAGAUGAGGACAUUAAGAGGCCACAAGUGACACGAAUAGGGGGAAGGAAAAGGGUGACCAAGGAGCAAAGGAAACUCUGUUACUCUGAGCCUGAGAAGCUGGAUCAGCUAGCAGAUAAGGACCUGUCCUGGGGUCAGGUCAGGGAUGAAAUCACUGAGCAGGAUAGAGUGGCAGCUAGGAGAGGGACUCUGGAGAACAGAGGGAGGGCACUUUCCAGUUCAGGCAUCUCCAGGAUGGAGCUGAAACAAAUCCAGCACACUGCACUCAUUGAGUACAUGGAAAGGAAGAUUAACCAGAGACCAAGUAGUGCACAGCACCUCCCAGUGCACAAGCCACCCCUCCAGAAGAGGCUCUCACAUCCCAAAUGGCCCCUUCCCAAGGUUCCCGAUCCAAAUGGGAGCAGGAAUGUGCAAACCAAUGAGGUUUCAUGUCAAGUUUUCUCUACAGAAAUGUCACCUGAUGUUUUUCCUCCUUUGGCUUUUGUUUCCCCGCUGAACGUGGCCAGCGGGUGUGAUCCCAGCGCUGCUGCAGGUGCAGCCCCCUCGGGGCAUGACCCAGCUCCCAAUGAUGCAGGUGGAGGCUGCAGCAGCACAUGUUCUUCAGCUGAAAGGCUCCUGCAGGCAGGUGGUCCUGCAGCUGGGAGGGCUCGUGAGAGAUCCAAAUCAACUCCUUCUUCCAUGCAGAAAAUGCUGCUUGUCCCAGUGUUCUGUUUUCAUUUCCAGGACACUCACGGAUGUGCUGGGGGUCCAGCAGCACCAUCUCGGCAUUGUGAGAGCUGUCACAGCACCCCCAGUUUCCAUGAUCCUGAGAGAGGUGGAUGCGAGAACCAUGGCUGUAAAGAUGAUGACACAACUGGACAUGGGUGUUGUCAGGAUAUGAAGGAGCUGACUCCUCAAACCUCUAUUCCUACCCCAAGAAGUGGAAGCAAGGAUGAUGCUCAGGCGGAGGAGGAAGGCAGGAGGAAACCACCGCACGGCAAUGCUCUAAUGAAGUGCCCAGAGCAGCAGCCUGCAGCUCCUCAGGAGCAAGUAUCCUCCUGCCACACAGUGUUGACUCACCAAGGAGACAAAGCCACAGCCACAGGUUUGGCUGCAAAGGACGCUUCCAUGCAGAGCAGCCAAGAUGAUCUUCUCCCUGCCAGAGAGACUGCUCCUCCCAAAAGGAGGCUGCAGUCUCCUGAAGACCAGCGGUACGAAGAGCUUGCCACAGAGAUCAUUGCCAAAGACAGUUCUCUGGUUGAUAUUCUCAUGCCUCACCCUGUUAGAAGCACUGCUCUAGACCUGCUGGAGGGUCUGUUUCCUGUGAGUGUUUCUAUGCUGAGCAGACCACGCAGGAGCAAGGGAGACCUCCAGCACCGGCAGGAGAAUGACCAGAAAAGCCAUGGAGAUGCACCAGAAGAGUGUCCUGAAUCUGAACAUGAUGCCAAGCAAAGGAGCCAGGAUUCUACCUCCAAGGGAAACCAAGACCUGAUGAGCAGCACAGACAGCACAAAUGAUCUAGAUGACAUCACAGCCAAGAAAUGCAGUUCACUCCUGGCUGCUUGGAAGCUCUCUGAGCUGGGGAUUAUAUCACCAGUUAAGCAGGAACUCAUCUCCUGCCUCCAAUCCAAGCUGCAGAGGCUGUGGGAAGAGAGGGAGCUCGUCCUCUCUGAUGUCCAGGAGUGCUCCAAGCAAGGUGAGGAGCUGGAGGCGAUGGUGAGGGCCAUCUGCAAGCCCAACGAGUUCGAGCGCUACAUGAUGUUCAUCGGGGACCUGGAGAAGGUGGUGAGCCUCUUGCUCUGCCUGUCCACCCGCCUGGCCAGAGUCCAAAACGCCAUGAGGAGGAUUGAUGGCAACACAGACGCUGAGGAGAAGCAAUCACUGGCUGAACGGCACAAGCUCCUGUCCAGGCAACGAGAAGAUGCCAAAGACCUGAAGGAGAACCUGGACCGCAGGGAGAGAGUUGUCUCUGGGAUCCUGGCCAAGUACCUGACGGAUCAGCAGCUGCAGGACUACCGCCGCUUCGUGCAAGUCAAGACCUCCUUGCUGAUCGAACAGAAGGACCUGGAGGAGCAGAUCAAAUUUUUUGAGGAACAAUUAGAACACCUUGAGCAAAGCAUCCCCCUCUGAUCCCCACCAGUGUUUGCACCAUCUUUGUACACAGCACUGUUUGUGACCCACCCCGGGAAAUGGGCAGCCGCUCGCUGCCUUUGGCGAAUUCCUGCGACCCUGGGCAUGGUUUGGUGAGUUCCUGCCGUCCUGAGAGUGCCACAAGUGCUUGGAUGCUCCAGGGAUGCCCUAGGCACAUACUGGACAACCCUUCUUCUUUGGAUGGGCCAACUGACAGCAUCCUACAGCGGACAGCAGACUGCAGUUUGCAACGGCUGAUCCAGGAUGUGUUGCUCCUGUUUACUCAGUGCCUAUUUCCCCUUCUGGUUGCCUGUCCAUCUGUUUCCAGAUUGACACAAUCAAUCUCAAUAAAAGAA